CUACGUCGUCGAUACACCAGCCUUCCCUAUUUAUCAACGGCGAUGCGCGGGAUAAGGCAUCACUUAAAGUGCUCGUCUGAAGUCGACAUUGGUUUCUCCACGCCUGCCAUACCCACAGGUUCUGUUCAGAACCAGACCACGCAACAGGCGCAGCCUUGUCUCCCAUAUACCUCAACAUGACGUACGGACAGGAUGGAGUAGCCGUGCACAAGGACUCCACAUAUUCGCAUUCGGGCAAUUCACAUUGUGACGUGUUCGAACGUACACUUGUAUCCCUGGGGGCAGGCGCAGCACACCUGCGUCUCGCGCUAGCCCGUGCCCCCCUCAGUGCCUACCGUGAAGCCUCGCACACGGUAUACUCUACAGCUGGAUGGUCCCAUUCCGCGUACGUGGUGGCGCAAGAAGUUAUUUAUGCUCGCUGUCAGUCUGGGUGGUGCAAAAAGUCUCGCGGAGUUACCUGCGCGGAUGUCGCAUGCAAGUAUCCCGUCGAGGAGCGUGAGGGCUCAGUGCGCUUGAGCUGUGAGAUUGAGGAGGUGGAGGAUUUGAGGUGUACGUUGGAUGGGCUGGAGGAUGACGAUAGUGGGUGUGAAAGUGGGUUGGUGACGCCGUCCGAUGUGAGUGAUGAUGCGGCUGAUGGUGUGGAUGGGCUGCAUUGAUAAUGUUCUGGAGAUGUGUAGAGAUAUAAUCGCAAUCAUAUCGAGUGCCUAUUACAUGGUAUACUGUUUUGUGCACC